CAAGAGGAAAUCCUUAAGACUCUGAAAGCGACUGUUGGACUUUCCUCUGAAAUGGCUUUUUACCUUUGUUGAAGUUUCCUCCUUCCACUUUCCGGCCCAAUCUAUUUGCUUUUCCUUUCUUUCACAUUUAUGCCUUUCCCCAUCUUUACUCAUGUAUAUAUAUAUAUAUAUAUUUGAGAUUCAAGCUGAGAAAUCCAAACAGAUUAGUUCUAUUUCAAGAUAAGUCUACUGGGUAUUCUCAUUUUUGCACUGAAAUUCCUUGAUGUCCUUUCAUGGCCUUUCUUUGCUUUGGGGUAUCCUUUAUGUGCUUCCAUCCGAGCAAUUGAGAACAAUUCAAAUUCAGAGACUAAGAAGUUGGUCACAUAUUGGAUUGUCUUCUCUUUGAUUUCACUCUUUGAGAAUGCUUUCUUGAAGUAUCUUGUAAGGUUACUGUUCUGGCCACGCAUUAAGCUAAUGAUUGUCUGCUGGCUGGUUGUACCUCAAUUCGAAGGUGCCAUUUAUGUCUAUAAUCACUUUAUUCAUCCAUGCCUCUCCAUGAACCCACUAGUUGUCAUUGAUGAAUUCAAUAAAUGGAAGGAAUUCUUAUUCAAGAGAGAGAACUUUCUAGCUCAGGCAGAGAGAUAUAUAAACAAGAAUGGACCUGAAGCUCUGGAGGAACUUAUUGCUACCAAGAAAAAAAGCAAAAAGCCUAAUCAUGGCAUGGAAGAGUUCGAUGCUAUUCCAGUUAUGGCCAAGAAAGAAGUGGAGUGGUCAAAUAGCAAAGAGGCUAACAUUGUGCAGAAAGAUAAUAAAUCUAUGGAAGUAAUAGAGAAAAAGGAAGUGCCAACUGUCAAGAUGGUUCUAACAGAGCUUAUCCUUGAUCAGACUGAGAACAGGACAUCAGCCACUAAGGAGGAAACGGCAGUGGCAGUUGCAACAGUUAGAGAACUUCCUGAUAUUCCCAUGCCUAAGGAAGUCCGAAAGGAGUGGACUUGUGAUAUAUGUCAGUUAACUGUUCUAAAUGAGAAAACCUUAAAUUUACACCUUCAAGGAAAGAAACACAAGACUACUGUGGCACUGAAAGCAAAGAACCAGCCAAAUAUUGUCCCAGCUUCAACCACACAGAAAACUGAGCAGCCAAUAGAGGAGCCACAAAAGACUGUAUCCACCAAAGAAUGGAAACAAAGUACAACUACAAAUAAUGAGGGUGAACAGCAUGCCCAUUCAAUGAGUGUCUCAGCUUCAACUGCUAAAAUAUUUGAUCAGCCCUCAAAAGAGGAGCAUGAAAAAAGAGUUUCAAUGUCAAACAGUGCACUAGAACAGAAGAAUGAAGCUGUUAGUGAGGAAUAUUAUAGGUGCAACAUCUGUAAUACAAACUGCACUGGAGAGAAUGACUUGGCUUCGCACUAUAAUGGGAGGAAACACAAGGCUCGGAUUCAAUUACACAAUAAAUUGGUUGGGAUUGGGCAGGUCUGACCAAUAUUUUUGGUUCAUUUCACUCUCAGAGGAACCAUUGUGCUUGUUGCAGUAAAUAUGAAUAUGAAAAUGUUUGGCUGAAAGUUACUGUGUUUUUUUUACUCUUGAAUUUUAGCUGAUUGCAUUCACUGAA